AUGUGGUGGUUUUUCCGCAUCAUCGCUAGUGCCAUCUUCUUGCUGAGCAUAGUCCUGUCAAUACCCGUCGCCUUCGAUGUAGGAGGCAGAGACAGCGGCCUGGCCUACAGCCUUGCCCUAUGUGGCUUCUACUUCGUCUACUCCGCCAUCGCCGUCGUCACCCCCGCCGAGUCGCGCGUCCGCUGGGCCAUCAAUGUCAUACUCCGUUUGUCGCAAUGGAUUGUCAUCCCCGGCCUCCUGAUCUGGGCUCUCGGCCGCUUCGCUGUAGACGCCGGUGCGACCAACUGGGUGGAGAGGACGCUGCAGGGUAUCACAAGCUCCAAGACAACGUCAUGGGGCGAGUGGGUGUUUGGCGAGGGCGGCGUGAUCGAGACCAUUACCCUGGGCGGCUGGGAUAAGACUCUGAGAUACUCUAGCCCCGUCUUCCAGCUGUUGGAGGGCUUCUGCACUUUGCUUGUCAUCCAGGCCGCGGGUCAGAUUACAAAGUGGUUGGUCAACAGAGGAAGAAGCGAUACUUGGGUUAUUAUUCUGCUCGCUAUCUCCGGCAGUGUUCUCGCCAGUGCCGUCUACUUCCUGUGGCGCGUCGCCCACUUCUCUUAUAUUGACAACUUUGAUGCGAUCAGCAUCGGCGUCACCAUGACCACGGCCUUCUUCCUGUGUGCCUAUGGAAUCGGCAGCGGGCGCGGAAACCCCAUCGAGUCUUCGCUCCUCUUCGCAUACGUCGUCCUCUGCGUCUACCAGAUCUUCACCGACUACCUUCCGUCCGAAAACACAGAGGCAGAGCACAACCAGUCGUCGCAACCCGAAUUCCCGCCGCUCCCUCCAAUCAUCAUGGCGUCUUAUUCAACUCUCUUGCACAUGCUCGGCUCACUUCCCCACGCCGUUCACUCGUCGCUCAGUCUUCUUUACGCCGCUUUCCAAACCAUCACCCCCUCCGUUAUCAUCUCUCUCGCUUUCCGUCUCCUUGUCUUCUACUGCGCCACCCGCAUCAUCCCCGCAGUCCGCGAAUCCGGAGCCAGAGCUCUCAUGGAGGAGCCUUCUCUUGAAGAUACGGACGCGGCCAACUGGCUCAUCGGCAUCAUCACUUACUUUUCCCCAUCAAUCCUCAUCGCCAUGUACACGAGUUUGCUGUUGCAACACUUCUCGACUAACGACGGGCCAGAUGGAUGGACGCUCAGAGGCGGGGACCCCGGCGGCAACGUGUGGCGCUGGACAAACGUGAUCGCAACCAUGAGUCUGUACGCCAUUGAGCUUUACCUCGGCGAGGGAGACCACGACGGCGGUCUGACGAACCACUGGAAGCUGGACUGA